GUUUUCGCCUGUUCCCAAUUGCCCAGGAGAACUAGCUUGCACGUCCACCAGCCGGAGAAAAGAGCAAUGAAUUCCUUGGAACAGGCCGAAGGUAGUCAACAUGAUCUAAAAGCUUUUGAGAGAAGAUUAACAGAAUACGUCUCCUGUUUGCAACCUGCAACUGGGAGGUGGCGAAUGAUUCUAAUAGUGGUCUCUGUUUGUACUGCAACUGGAGCCUGGAACUGGUUGAUAGACCCUGACACACAGAAGGUGUCUUUCUUCUCAUCUUUGUGGAACCAUCCGUUCUUCACCAUCAGCUGCAUCACUUUGAUCGCUCUGUUCUUUGCUGGAAUACACAAACGAGUCGUUGCACCAUCAAUUAUUGCAGCUCGCUGUCGGACGGUUUUAGCGGAAUACAACAUGUCCUGCGAUGAUACGGGGAAACUAAUUCUCAAACCACGGCCACACAUCCAAUAACCACAAACCUGGAGAGGUGGGGAAAUAAAAUGUUCUUAAUGACUAUGUUGAUUCCCACUGAAAGACAGACUGACACAAGGACCAGCAUCCUGUUUGGAGGAUCUGAAACAAUGUAAGAAGGAAGGAGGUUGGGGAAAUACAGAGGGGUGAUUAUGUUGUGCUCCAUUACAUAUUAAUGAAGGAUUGUGAGGGGAGAGGACGUCAAACGCCUUUUUAACAGCAUCUCAGUCAGUGUUAUGGUUUCCCUUAAAGCUGCUUCUGGGUUCACACACCCUUUGACAUAACUCAUUCGCCAUGAGUUCAGAUGUUUAUUUCUAAUGAUAACAGACCUUUGUUUUAGAUAAAUCUUUCUAUUUUUAAACUAAUUGUUAUAUACCUAAUAAAUACUUGUAUGAAA